UUUGAGGUUGAGUUUUUGAUGUUUUGUCUUGUCAAGUUGUAUGGUUAUCAACAAUAUUCUCUUAUUUCCGAUGACAACAACAUAACCUUUGGUAGUCACUAGUCAGUCAGCCCUACGUGGCUACUAACUUGUUUAUCCUUUCUGAGAUUCAAGAAAACUGGUCCAUCUUAAAGAUUUCAACCAAUUUAAGUGUUCAGAACUAUAAACAAUGGAAUACAUAUACUUUUUGCUCGUGUAUUGUAUAGCAUUUAUUGGGGUUUUGUUUGCAGCUCUCUGUGUAGUCCUAAUGAAGACUACCACACCACACCCAGUUGUAAAGCGAACGGAAAAAGAAAAGUCAUUCCUAAACACCAAAGAAGGUUUGAGGAUAUUAUUCCCAUCACUGGACGAGCCUUUUUCAGUCCUCUUAUCUGUUAUUGUUCCGGCAUAUGAUGAGGAAAAAAGAUUACCACCGAUGUUAGAUGAAUGUUUUGAGUUUCUUGAAACAAGAAAAAAGACCUUGCCAAGAUUCACUUACGAGGUGAUUGUUGUAAGUGAUGGCAGUCGGGACAAGACAGUAGAAGUUGCGCAGGAGUACACUCGGAAGUAUGGAGCAAACCAGUGUCGUGUCUUGAACCUCCAGACAAACCGGGGCAAAGGUGGAGCAGUAAGACUGGGUAUGCAGUCAGCCAGGGGUGCGAUGCUUCUGUUUGCCGAUGCUGACGGAGCUACGAAGUUCUCUGAUCUCGUCAAACUGGAAGACAGCCUCAAAAGUCUUGUAAAAGGAGAUUACCUGACGGAGGCUGAGAGGAUAUCCAACACACUGGCCGUGGUGUGCGGCUCACGAGCUCAUCUCGAGAAGGACGCAAUUGCCUCACGUUCGUUGAUCCGCACCAUUCUAAUGCACGGGUUUCACCUGCUGGUGUGGACGCUGGCAGUUCGUAGUGUACAUGAUACGCAGUGCGGGUUCAAGCUACUCACCAGAGAGGCAGCUAGAGUUCUGUUCUCGAACUUGCAUGUGGAGCGAUGGGCAUUUGAUGUUGAACUUCUCUACUUGGCAGAAGAACUGAGUAUACCUGUCAGCGAAGUUUGUGUCAACUGGACAGAAAUUGAUGGGUCCAAAAUAGUUCCUGUCUGGAGUUGGCUGCAGAUGGGACAAGAUUUGUUCCUCAUCUGGCUCAGAUAUACGAUCGGAGCGUGGAAAAUCCACAGGCACAAAUGAUCAUCAGUCGGUGGCGAGAUCUCAGCUGUGAUCCACAAACUGCGUAGCUAGUGAUGGCGAUAUUGACGAUUCGUCUCCACUCGUCAACUUGGGGUAAAAAUGAUUACGGAAGGGUGACAAAGUUUCAAUAAAAUAGUAUGUAAAAAAAGACAGGUCAUGACAUCGGAAUAAGUCAGGCUUUAAAAUCGAACCGGUUCUUCCAAAGAAAUUUUGCAGAAAGCAGGCAAAACUGUAGUGGGUUUAGAUGUAUACUUAAUCUACUGAGUUAUCGAUGGUUUAUUUAAAUGAUAAUCAUUCAACUUAGAGGGUAUCAUUAAAAUUCUAGAACUUAGUUUCAAUUUAAGAUUAUAAGCAAUGAUUGAGUAAAAAUAUAUUUGCAUGGCAAUUGUUCCCAAUUGUUUAAGACAAGUUCUGGUAGAAUUGGACAUAAUGAGGUUAAUAUUUACUUUCAUUAUGUCAAAUUAUUUGUACUAUUCUUCUUUCCCAAAAAAUGCUUCAGUCUAUAUUUAGAAAAUUACAUAAGAUAACAUAUUUUGUACAAAUAUGUUUUAAUAGACUUUUAUUAGUUAAUUUAGGGUAGAAUUAAAUGAACAUUGAAUAUGCUUUAAAAUUUGGGUAUGGUUGCUUGGUUUACAUAACAUUUUGCAGGGUUUUUUAAAAAAUUUAAUUUGAUUUUGAGUUAAAUAAAAAUAUAAAUUAAAUUUGUAGGCUAAGAACUUAAUAGAGCUUUUACUGUAAUCUUAAAGAAUUAAUGUUAUUGGUUUUUUUUUCUAAAAUAACUUAUCCCAUUUUUUUAUGUUGUAUGAACCAUGCUUUAUUUUGUAGUUUUUAUGAACGUUUCACCUUUGAAAGUUCCAUGUUUAUUUAUUUAGUGGCCAAAAUGGGUAGUGUUCUCUUAUCAUGACGCAAAAAUCAAUGAAUCAUAUUAGGUUGAUUCUGCUUAAAGAUAAAUAAGCAUCAAGUGCUUUGAUUGAUUAUGGAACUUAAAAAAAAAAUUGAUCAACCGAUUGAAGUGAAAGGAAAAUGUAUUUCAGUUUAAAACUAAGAGUAACCUUAUCCUUCAUGAACUACACACACAAAGAACAUUUUUUUAUGUUCUCACUUUGUUGAUCAAAUUUGGACUUAGAUUCUGCUUUUAGAGGGAUAAGCUUUGUUGUCCUAUUUAUCUUGUUCAUUUUGUUAUUUUUAACUUGGUAUCAGUAUAACUUUAGCCAAAGAGAAGUAAGAUACAAAGGAUACAUGCAUAUGGGAGAGCCAAUAUAUUUUGGGGCUGAAAUGUACUUGUAACUAGCUAGGAGGAGCCCAAAAGGUGAUAGCGAUAUAGCAUUGUUGUACAGCAGUUGUAAAGCGCAGGGUCUUACACCCCCAAGGGGGGUUUAUUAUGUGAAGGGGAGGGGGGAAAGGAGAGCGGGAGGGGUCGAAUAGAAAUCUCUCUAGACACCAGUGACUGGUGAUAGGUACCACUUAAGUGUACUAUUGAAUGUAUCCUCUGUUUCUUACUUCUCUGUGCUCAUGAAACAAAUAAAAAAAGUGUGAUUAGAUACCAGGUUUUUUAAAAUAAAAAAGUUCAUUCAUAUGUUAGAUAAUUAAAAUCGUUAGACUAAAGGGUAUAGAAUUAAAACUUACUAUUUAAUGGUAAUUAAUUUUAUUUCACCCUGAAAGUAGGACAAUUAUUAUUGUUGCUAUACAAAUAAUAAAAAAAAAAAAAAACUAGUGCAACCAAGAUGAAUAAUUAAUUGUGUUAGGAUAAAUUACAAGAACAAAUUGUCAAUUGAACCACAGUAUUCAAUGAAGAAAUUUGUACAGCUUUUUUAGCUUUAAUGUCUUAUUUAACAAAAUAAUAUAUUUUAUCUUAGAUUAAAAGUGAUUUAAAACAUAGAUUUUACAAGAUGCAUUCCAAUUUGUUUACAAGGCU